UGGUAGCAUGUGCACAUUUGGUUAUGUCAAGAUUUGAGUAAACUAAAACAAAAUUCUAUUUACAUUUUUACAAAUAUUUUAAAAUUUAUAAAGAGAGAUACGUCAAGAAUUUAACGAACUUCCAUAAAAACUUAUUUUAAUUCAAUUUUUAGAAUGCACUCUAACAAAACAGCUGUUUUUAAACCAGAAUCUUCAGAACCGUAUAUAAAUUAUGUACGCGAUAAUAAAGUAAAAAGAGAAAAUGGCAAAAAAAAAGAUAAAGAAAAUGUAUAUCUUAAUGUUGGAAUACUUUCCGAAGUAAAAGGAUCUGCAUAUAUGGAGUAUGAGCAAACAAAAGUUUUGGCUGUAAUAUUUCCACCACAGGAGCCUACAAAAUCUAAAAACCCAGUUAACUCGAACAAUUCUGUGGUACAUGUCGAUGUUUCUAUACCAAUGUUCGCUACAAAAGAUUAUAAAUUUAGAAAUCAAAAUCAAAGAUCGCUUGCAAUAAUUUUAAAGAAGGCUAUUGAGCCAAUAAUAUGUAGACAAGAAUUUUCAACUUUUAAAGUGUGUAUUCAUGUUUUUGUCUUAGAGCAUACAGAACAUAUAGAAAGUACAGCGUUCAAUUGCUGUGUGGCUGCUUUAGCUGAAGGCGGUAUUCCAAUUUAUGAUUUAUAUGCAUCAUCCCCUUCUAAUGUGGAAAACUUAUUAAGGCAGAAUAACAAGUUAAGUGUUUAUUCCAAGGAUUUAGCCGUAAAUCAAGUAACAAAUUGUUUUCAGAAGGGUUAUAUGACAUUAGAAGAAUUUAAGAGAGCACUGAAUGAGAACUUAGAACAAAAUGAAAAAAUGUUAAAUUUGAUAAGAUCUGUUUUAAUUAACAAAAUAAAAAAUAAAAAUACAGUAUAAUAUUUUAA